UUCUCAUAAGCGGGCAGUUUGCUUUUCACCCGCCAAGAAUCCAUACGUGCGAAGUAAAUUAAAUUGCGCUGAGUUGUCACUAUUAAUCUCUGGAAGAAUGGAUUAUUGGUCAACCCGUAUGGCCCGAGUGCAGGCACCAACCUUGAGAGAAUUCGCUAAGAAGAUUCCUGCCGAUAAAUUCGCAGCGUCUAAUCUCAUCUUUUUUGAUGUUGAGACGACCGGUCUGAACUCUGAGGAAGACGAAAUGUAUCAAAUCGUCGCCUUCAGUUCGGAGCAAAAUUAUUUCAACCAAUACAUCAUGCCGCGAAUGGCGUUGGGUGUUGAUGAAAAAAUCAGUUUCUUCGGAGGACUAGUCAGCGUCCAGAAUGAGACAAUGGAAAGGGAAGGCCAAGGCCACGUGCAAACUUUGACUCCAGAAGAUGCUUUGGAAAAUUUCGUCAAGUUCUGCGAGUCGUUCUCCACUGACGUCAUUUUGGUGGCACACAGCGCCCAAUUUGAUAUGGGCUUCCUGUGGAAUGCGCUUGUGGAAAAUUCACUGGUCAAACGAUUUGGCGAAAAGUGCAUCGGCUUCAUCGACACGCUGCCGGCCGCUCAAAAGCUGCACCCCAGGAGAUCCGUCAACCCCAAAGGCCCUCAAAACCACAAACUGGCAACGCUGAUUUCACACUUUGUGGGCUCGACAAACGCCAUCGAUCUGCACGACGCCUUAGUUGACUCGAGACAUCUCAAAAGUGUUUUUGAACGCAUGGGAAGAAGGGACCAGUUUUUGGAUUUUUCUUUCCAACUCGAGGGCUACUUUGCCUGGCAAAAGGCGAAAAUCAAUUUACCUGGUUUGCAAUUUCUGCAAGAAAGAAGGGUGGUCAUGAAGCGGCAGCUAAACAGCUUGGCUGGAAAAUUUGAUGUGGACAGCCUGAGGGCUUUAGCGCGACAAGGACGAGAAACUUUUGUAGAAAAUGUUGGGUGCACUGGAUUGUCAUCACAAGUUAUUGAAAAAAUUUAUCAGAAGUUCAGCUCUUUCAGCUCUCCAGAAUAAGUCAAAACUUUGGUUCAUAGAGUUUUUUUAAGUAACGAGCAUUCAUAUUUUUUUACUUUAAAUUUUUAAUCAAAAUAGAAAAGUUUAAAUUUUCUGAAAUUUUCUAAUGAAUUAUUAGUAUUUUAAUUUUAACAAAAAUGUAAUGUUUAUAAUAAAAUGAGUAUUUUUUUUUAUAUAGAUAUAAUUUUAUUCACCUUUCUCACUGC